AUGGCCGCUGCAGGAUCCCGCCCGCUCCAGUUCGCCGACGGCGCCGUAUUCCCCGCCUUCCGGCCAGCCCACGCCACCGGGCCCUUUCCACCACCGCCAGGCACCGGGACUGCCCUGCUCCCCGCGGGCCCGCACUCCGAGCGCCGCGCCCACGCGCCCUUCGCCGGCUUUCUCUCCCGGGACCCUGUGCCGGCAGCGCCGCCACCCGCCAGCCUGGGCUCGCCGGCGCCGCCUAAAGGCGCGUCGGGCGCGUCGGCGUCGCAGCGCCGCAAGCGCACCUCGUUCAGCUCCGAGCAGCUGCAGCUGCUAGAAUUGGUCUUCCGCCAGACCAUGUACCCCGACAUCCACCUGCGCGAACGCCUGGCUGCACUCACCUUGCUCCCCGAGUCCAGAAUCCAGGUGAGCUGCCCGCCGCGUUCGCAGGUGUGGUUCCAGAACAGGCGUGCCAAGUCUCGGCGACAGAGCGGGAAACCCUUACAAGCCUGCAGCAGGCCAGAGCUUUUCCCCAACCCCUGUGCUCCUGCAGCACCCGCGGUGAAAUGUUUGAAGCCCCAGCUGCCUCCGGAGACCGCCCUGAACUGCCUGCCAGAUCCCAGGGGAACUGGAGGGGGCGUGUCUGACUCUAGCCUCCAAGGCCAGCAUUUUGAAACCUAUUCCCCUCUCUCUGAAAACACGGGAUCAAAGCUGGACUCAUGGGAGGAACAUGUCCUUUCGGCCUUCGGUAACUUCUGAAACUCCUGGGGGAAUUUGGGAUAAGCUCUGAGGACUGUUAGAGGGGGCAACGCACACGAGAAUCUGGUCCUUUCCGAAGUCCACGUUAGGGUGACUUCCAUGGUUAGUUUUGAGGGCGGUUCCCACAGCUCUCACCCUUGAAUGUGCCUCCCUUUUGCCCAGGAGCCUUGGCUCUCUGUCGAGGACUUCUGGCAUCUGUUUUCACCUGUGUCUGACAUUUAGUGGGGUCUGCACCCCUGAGCCAUCUCGCCAGGCCAAGACUGGCUCAGAACUCGUCCUCUUCCCAAGAACCCCUCAUGAUUGUCAAUCACCGUAUCUGCUUUUAUGGUCUGUCCAAGGAUUAUGACAUAAACUCCCUCUCACCCAUCUUCUCAACCCAAGUUGGAUUACCAGUAGCUAUUACUUUUAUUUUCUGGGUGCUUUUUCAAUUGUCAAGUAAAAAUUAUAGAUGUAUUUAUGGUGUACAGCAUGAUAUAUGGAUAUAUUGCAGAAUGGCUACAUCCAGCUAUUUACUG